AUGGCUGCCCGGCUAGGGCGGCUGCUGGCGGGGCUGGCGAGGUGGAGAGGCGCGGCGGAGGCCUGGAUCGUGCUUCUCCUUUGGUUCGCGGGUGCAGCCGUGGAGGGAGCGGCGGGCACGGAUCCGCCGCUCAAGUGCGACGAGUUGAGGCUGGGGCAAUAUAUGUGCGAUGAGCCUAAAAUAGAUAACAGCACACAGGAACCAAUGAAUUGCACAAAUCAUACAGCAUAUGUUCAAUGUCUGCCAGCACCAAAUAUUACUUGCAAAGAUCACCUUGGCAUAGAAAGAGUCUUUAAGGGACAUGAAGUUGGAUUUUACAAGCCUAUUGCAUGUCGCAAUGUAAAUGGAUACUCCUACAAAGUGGCAGUGGCUCUGUCCUUAUUUCUUGGAUGGUUGGGAGCAGACAGAUUUUAUCUAGGCUAUCCUGCAUUGGGUUUGUUAAAGUUCUGCACUGUAGGAUUCUGUGGCAUUGGUAGCCUAAUUGAUUUCAUUCUUAUUUCAAUGCAGAUCGUUGGACCUUCCGAUGGCUCGAGUUACAUUAUAGAUUACUACGGAGCAAGGCUGACACGGCUCACUAUUACCAAUGCAACCUUCAGGAAAAUGCAGACCUAUCCUUAACCCUGGCAGUGUCACAAAUGUGUAGGUGCAGUUUAUUUGUACAGGUGGAUCCAGUCAUCCACUACACUUGCUGCUGACUUAUUAGUUGCACUUCAAAAGAACUGAAUAUUAAAUAUACAUUGAACGAGGAUGAUUUAAAAAUACACAAAUUCCUCAAGUGGAUGAGUUUACCUCAAAGGCACCAAGUUCCUUUGCGACUGUUCUGUUUCUGUGAGCACAUUCUUUGUUGCUAAGUUGUACCAUUUGUGAAAUGUGCAGAUUUCUGCAAGUUGCACUGAUGUUGUUCUGUGUCUAGAAGUGUGAUUUAGAGUGUUACAGAUGCAGAGGAAGACUUGUUCAGGAUUACACUUGGGGGGUGUCUCUUUUCAUAACUGUAUGUGACAGUUUGUAAAUGAACUUAAAUAUCCCAAACUACAGAAACUGCCUUUCUUCUCAUCCUGUUUAAUUAAAAUCCUGAUGGCCCUAAAUCUUGUGCUGGUGUAUCCUGUGGAAUUCUGUUAACUGAAUGAUUAUUUUCAUAAAGCUUAAAGACAAAUUUGGGUCAAGUUGCAAAAUAUGGUCAGUGCUGAUCAGCAGUAGCAAUAUGGAUGCAUAAAAAAUAGCACCAUAGGUGACACAUCACAAAGAAAGGAGGGUGGAUGUUGGGAUGCCCCAAGGUUAGAAUAGGAAAUAAUCAUUCUGCUUAUUUUGACAAAGGAGUAUAGUGACAGGAUGAGGGGUAAUGGCUUCAACCUGGAAGAAGCUGGAUUUAGAUUGGACAUUCGGAAGAAAUUCUUCCCCAUGAGGGUGGUGAGGAACUGAAAAGAGAAGUUGUGGAGGCUCCAAGCCUGGAAGUGUUCAAAGCCAGAUUGAAUGGACCCUUGAGCAACCUGGUCUGGUAGGAUGUGUCUCUGCCUGUGGCAGGAGGGUUAGAGCCAGAUGAUUAGAGCUAGGGUUAGACCCAAACUAUUCAAUGAUUCUAUUAUUCUGAUUUUUUUUUAUCCUCCCUUGCAAUUUACCCAUACCUUCUCCUGAAAAUAAAAUGGUGCAUG